UUCUUGAUUUCUGAAUUCCACUGUUCUUUUGGCUUCAGAUGAAGUCCUUGCUUAUAUAGCAGAGCGACAAGUCCUCCCCUUCAUCCUCUUCUGGUCUUCAGAAAUUUUUUGAGUUCCAUUCUAUGGAUCCAGUAGGUGAUCUACAGUCUGAAACACAAUGCAGCAAACCACGUGGCAUUUGCUUACUACAUCGCAUCAAAAGCUCUGAUAUCACCUUCAGGACAUAUCAAGCCAUUGUCUUGGUCCUAACAUUUGUGUCAUAUGCCAGUUAUCAUGCCACCAGAAAGCUUACAAGCAUUGUCAAGAGCGUCCUUGAUCCUAAAGAAUCAGGACAAGAAUUUUCUGGCUGGGCUCCAUUCAACAAUUCAGAUGGCACCGUGAUGCUCGGGGUGAUCGAUGUGGCCUUCCUCUCGGCAUACUCCAUUGCCAUGUACUUCGCCGGGCAUUUGGGAGACCGCAUCGACUUACGAAUCCUGCUCAGUAUAGGAAUGGUGUUGACUGCUGUAUUCACCUCCCUCUUUGGUGUUGGCUACUGGCUAGACAUUCAUAGCUUCACUUACUACUUGGUGGUUCAGCUGCUAGCAGGAGUGUUUCAGUCCACAGGUUGGCCCUCUGUGCUGGCAGUGAUGGGGAAUUGGUUUGGAAAGAAUAGGAGGGGUCUGAUCAUGGGAAUUUGGAAUGCGAACACCUCGAUCGGGAGUAUCGCCGGCUCGCUGAUUGCCUCUGCUUUACUGAAGUAUAGCUGGGCCUGGUCCUUCGCCAUCCCUGGCAUUCUUAUGGGUUGUCUAGGAGUGAUUGUGUUUCUAUUCUUGCCGGUUAGUCCUGAGGCGGUGGGAAUCAGAAGAGAUGGGGAUGGUCAGUUUAGGUCCCAAGAGAAUAAUAUUAUUGAGGAAACUCUUAUAGGAGGAGAAGCAGAGGUUAAGGAAGAAGCAGUUGGGUUCAUGGAGGCAUGGCGGAUUCCCGGUGUCGCGCUGUUUGCUUUGUGUCUCUUCUUCUCCAAAUUGGUGGCCUAUACCUUCCUCUAUUGGCUGCCCUUUUACAUCAGCCAUACAGCCAUAGAUGGCCAAUAUCUAUCCAACUCCACUGCCGGCAUUUUAUCCACAUUAUUCGAUGUCGGAGGGGUGUUCGGUGGCAUCCUCGCCGGCCACAUCUCCGACCGUCUCAAUGCUCGUGCCACCACCGCUGCAUGCUUCACGUAUUGUGCCAUACCAGCCCUCCUCUUCUAUCACACAUAUGGCAGCCUUGCUCUUUCAUGGAACGCCACCCAUAUGUUCAUCGUAGGCGUGUUCGUAAAUGGCCCCUAUGCACUCAUUACGACCGCAGUGUCAGCAGACCUCGGCGCACACAGCUCUCUCAAGAGGAGCUCCAGAGCAAUGGCAACAGUGACGGCGAUCAUCAAUGGAACAGGGUCAAUCGGGGCAGCAAUCGGACCGCUGCUGGCUGGAUACGUCUCAACGUUGAGCUGGGGUGCAGUGUUCGGAAUGCUCAUGGUGGCAGCGUUUAUGGCAGGGCUUCCAUUGACAAGGCUUGUGGUGGCAGAGGUGGCAGGGAAGUUAGAUGGGGCUUCCAGGCCCCCGGCUUAGGUGGCUGCAAGGGAGAGUGUCACAAGGCCACAAAUGGUUGAGAAAAUUAUAAUUUUUGUGUGGAACUAUUAUUUUGUUGGGAUAAUUAUGAAUAAUUCGUGUGAGGAUAUCAUGGUGAUGCAAUGAAAUUUAGGGCAU